AAUGGCCAUGGGACGAUAAUAAUACAGGAUAUGUUCGAGUACAUGCGAUUCCUAAUAUUGGUAAAUGGAACGAAUUUACGUCUGCAAAAUUAGAAAAGUUACAAAAAAAAGAUAUUCAAAAGCCAAAUCCUCAAGUUUCUCAGCAUUCAGUUCCCAAGUCUCCAUGGUUUGUUCCAAUGCCACAUAAGUCAAUUGAUCAACUGAAAACACAAUUAACAAAUCGAGGAGUUAGCUAUAAUAAUGAAAGUACAAAACAAGAUUUGAUAUCUUUAUUGAAUAAUAAAUUAUCCCAAGAACCGGAAUUACAGAAAACAGGCUGGGCUUUAAAAGAAAACCAAAAAUUUGGAAAAAGAGGCGGAGGUAAAAGAAUUAGUAAACAUGUUAUAACUUAUCUGGAAGGAUAUUUCUUAGCGGGUAACAUUAACAAAAGUGAUCAUUAUACCACAGAAGAGAUGCAUACUGAAUUACUUGAGCUGGUAAAAAUAAGUAACUUAGAAGAAAGUGACGUUCCGAAGGUGUCAACGAUUCAAAACUGGAUAGGACGAUAUGCGACACAGCAUAAACAAAAAUUGUACUCGUUAGUCAAAAUAGUAUUUUUCAAUAAAUAG